AUGUCAAGGCCCUCGUCCUCCAGGUGGCGUUCCUUGCGGCAGCAGCCGUGGCAACGGGGCUGGGACUGUGCCAGGAGGCCGGGAUCCUGUCCAGGGCUGAGCACGAGCGCCCACCGGGAGCCCCUGGAAUGCCGGGACAUGGUGCUGCAGAACGCCCUCUACACGGGGGACCUGGCCGGGGUGCAGCGGCACUUCUCAGAGCGUGCGGAGGUCAACCUGGUCAUCCACACCCAGAGCAGUGACCUGCGCUGGACAAGCCAGAAAUGGGGGCUGUGGUCUCUGACCUACCAGCAGGAGCUCACCACGCCACUGCACAUCACCGCCAGCCGCGGCUACCUGGACUGCCUGCGCCACCUGCUGCUCCGCGGGGCGGACGUGGACCUGGCGCCGGGGGGCCAGACGGCGCUGCACGCGGCCUGCGCGGCAGGCACCACGGAAUGCGCCCGGCUGCUGCUCUCGUUCGGCGCUGACCCCGAGGCCGUCUCGGAAGAGGGAUUCCAGCCGCUCCACCUGUGCCGCAGCCCCGGCUCCGCUGAGUGCGCCGCGCUGCUGCUGCGCCAGGGCGCGAGCGUGAACGCGCGCUCGGAGGAGGAGGAGGACAGCCCGCUGCACGUGGCGGCUCGGCUCGGCCUGGCAGGGCACGUGCAGCUGCUCCUGAGCUGGGGCGCCGACCCGACGGCGAGGAACGCCGAGGGACAGACCCCGCUGAACGCCGCCUGCGCGCAGGCCCACCCGCCGCAGGCCGCGGGCGACUACUUCGCCGUGUGCCUGCGGCUGCUGGACGCGGGCGCCUGCGUGGACGCCGGCGACCGCGACCUCCAGCGCCCGCUGCACCACGCCUGCAAGACCGCCAACCACCGGGUGGUGGCGCUGCUCCUCUCCCGCGGCGCCAGCGUCAACCGCAUGAGCUACAGCGGCAACACGCCCCUGCACGACGUCCUGCAGAGGGCGGCCUACCAGCUGCAGCACCAGCCGGAGCUGACCGUGCGCCACUUGCUCAACCACGGCGCCGUGCGCGUCUGGCCCGGAGCGCUGCUCAAGGUGCUGCGCUACUGCCACACGUCCCCCCGCUGCAUCGAGGUGCUGCUGAACUGCUACGAGCGGGUGCCGGUCUCCGCGGAGUGGGCAGAGGCUGUCCCAGAGAAGGUACUGCAGGAGCACCAGCGCUUCUUCCAGUCGCUCUUCGCCUUGGCCCAGAGCCCCCGCACCCUGCAGCAUCUGGCCCGUUGCGCCCUCCGGAGCCACCUGGAGGGCCGCCUGCUCCAGGCCCUCCCGAAGCUGCGCCUGCCUCCGCUUUUGCAGGAGUUCCUGCUGCUCCGCUUCGAGGAUGUGCUUUACUAGGGGCGUGGGGACUGCACGCCCGAUUCCGGACUGCUUUCCGCCGGGACAGAAAUGUGCGCGCCUUUUCCGCCCCCCUCGGCAAAGGGAGGGGAAAGGCCUGGCAGGAGCCCGCCGGGCGCCAGUCCCUGAAGCAGCGGAGUCGGAGCGAGUGGUGCGGCCGCGGCAAAGCAGCUGAGGAGGGACGCUGCGGCCGCCCUCUUCGCGCCAGGGGGACCCCGGGACGCCCCUGCCCGCCACCCGCAAGGCUGAACGGACUCCUGGACGAACGAGCAGCUGAACGGGCGGCUCUGUUCCGUCUCGCUCCCCUGCUUUGCGCUCGGCCCGCCCCCGCGGAGAUGCGCCCCGAACGGAAGCGGCCCUGCGCGGAAGAGCGCCCUGCGCGGGAUCCGCACCCGAAGCUCGCCUUUGCGCUCCCCCUCGCGGCAUCCGCCCUCCCUCCCUCCCUCCAAUAAACACGCACCUUCGGCUUGUU